CUUUGCGUGUUCCCCGGAAACGCCUUCCUGCCAAAUCUUACCACGGAACAGGUCUCAUUCAACGUAAGUUUUUAAGAUGUUUGUCUGAUGGACUGAAAAUGGCAGCAGGAGUCAGAGCUUUUCUUCAUCGAGCAUCUUUUGGCUUCACUGCAGCUCAAAGAACGUCACAGUGUUUUUCAAGGCAGCUGUGUAAUGCCACUCCUAUAGUCAUCGAUGACCCAAAACCUGUACCCAACCCAGAAAAUGAAUCUCUGCUGGAAAACCUUAACCUCAUGGGUGUUGAUGUGAAGAUGGCCCGCAGACGCCAGCCUGGAGUGCUUCGUAAAAUCUUCACAAAUGAACAAGGAGUGGCAGAGUUUCUUCAAGGCAAAGGGGCAAGUCGCAAAGUAAUUGCAAGUGUCAUAACGCGCUAUCCUCGAGCUAUAACACGCUCUAUUGAUCACCUUGAGAAAAGAUGGGGAUUAUGGAGGAAUAUUUUCAAAUCCGAUGAGGAAAUUGUUAGCAUCCUGGAUAGAUCCCCUGAAUCAUUUUUUAGAACAAGCGAUAAUGAAAAUCUAGAGAAAAAUAUUGCUUUUCUAUCCUCUUUAGGACUCGACUCAAAAGAUCUGCACAGACUAUUGACCACAGCCCCACGGACAUUUUCUAAUAGCGUUGAACUGAACAAACAAAUGGUUGAGUUUUUGAAGGAUGCCUGUGCCACAUUUGGAGGAGACAACCCAGAGCAAUUUGCCAAAAGUGUAAUCUCAAAAAAUCUCUAUAUUUUAAUCCGUAGUACUAAAAGAGUCAAAAAUAAUAUUGAUUAUUUUAAAAAGUCUCUUCAACUGAAAGACCAUGAACUAUUGGCUUUGCUUCAAGGUUCAGCGUCGGAGAUACUGGAUCUUUCCAAUGAAUGUCUGAAGAAAAAUUUCAAUAACCUUCAACAGAAAAUGCUUGCACUUGAAUGCAAAAAAUCAGACAUUAAGAAAUUGAUCAUACAGUAUCCUAUGGCUUUGUACAUUGGGCCUGACACUCUGAACUACAAACUGGACUGUCUUAUCAAAGAAGGAGUAACUAUUAAACAGAUAGUGGAAAAGCCCAGGGUAUUAGACUACAGCACACAGAAUAUUAUGGGAAAAAUAGAGGAGCUAAAAAGUAUUGGAUAUGACUUUCAGAAAAAUGGCAUCAGCAUUUUAGACUUGAGUCGAAAAAGAUUUGAUGCAAAGAUGAAGAAACUGUCUGCCCCACCACCAGAAGGGUCAGUCUAAUGAAGAAGUGCCAUCAUCCAGAAUGUAUCUAUGUAACUGAAGACUGCACUCACUGUACAUUUUGCACACAUUUCAUAUUACUUCAGUGUAAUGAAGUAAAAGGGCUAUACAUUUUCAAUAAAACCCAGCUGACUGUCUUCUUUUCUGUA